AUGGAGACUUACGCAUCAAACAUAUCAUCAAUGACCGAAUCAAAUGGCACAGACAAGGCAGAUUUGGACGAUGCAGAAUUAAUCUCAAGCGAUGAUACAGUCGCUCCAAGCACAUACGCUCCAAGUACAUCCGCGGAUUCCGAAGUACAAAGACCAGAGAGCGCCGGCUCUAGUACAUCUGUUGAAUCGCUGGAAGAUGAUAUGGACAAGAGAGCUCGGGCGUGGCAACGUCAACGUAUUCAGGAACAACGAAUGAGGGAAUUUCGUCGGCGACCCGCCAAACAGCUCUUUGGCUUGCAUCAAUAUCCAAAGCGAGAUCUAUAA